AUGAGUGAGAUGGUUCUUUCGAGCGAGGAAAUGGCGGUUUUACCUACGCCCGUAUCGCUUGAUGCCUCCGCUCAGCUCUGGGGCAGCGGACUCGAGUUCUCAAAGCAGAAUUUUCAAUCAUACUUCCAAUAUUACAUCGAGCAGUGCCGAGUCGCCUCCCAUUCGCAUGGCAGUCAUUUUGUGAUCAAAACACACCAAAACAUCGUCGACAUCGCGACUCGUAUCCGCGACGGGCUCCCACGCUCUGAAGUCAAGGAUUUCGUCCUACAAUCCCGGGGGACAAAUGACUCGAUAUCUGACGAUGAAGUAAAUUCUGCGAUCGAUUUGACCGUUCGUCUGCUUUAUAUGCUUGAUGUUGGCAAGUUCCAAAAUGCAUAUUCGGGUCGGAACAAGUUGAUGUGGAUCUCAGGAUCUGCACAAGACUUUCUGCACCAGAUAUUCACGGACGCCAUAUCCCGCGACGAUGACGGGAUUCGACUGGAUAAGACGUUCAAUGUGUGCAGCAUCACGCGAGUUGGAGGGUUCAAGGUCGAACUGACGUCCAAUCUGUCGGACCAUCUCCGGCUCCGGGAUGCUGACAAAACAAUCACCUUGUUUCAUUACGCAUCGUUCCUGAAAGCCAAUAAAGAGACAUCGGGUUUUCCAUUCGGUCUCAUUGAUGAGACUCUCGCAACACUAGCCCUCCUUUUCCCGCAAGGCAACCGAGAAGUCGAGAGAUGGUAUAAGAAACAAGAUGAGCCCGACGAACUAGACGGAAGCUUACUGCGUUGUGGCAAUGUGAUCCGGCAAAUGAAGGACUUCCACUACUGGUACGACCGACUCGCUAUUCUCAAGAAUGACUUUGAUGAUUCCAAGCCAUCGACUCUCCAACAAUGGUGGAACGAUAGACGAGAUGCGAGCCAGUGGUAUCCCUUGUGGGUGGCUAUCUCUUUGACUGUACUGUUUGGUCUUGUGCAGAGCAUCGAGGGCGCAUUGCAGGUAUACAAGGCGUACAAUCCCUGA